UAAUACCCCUAAAAAUAAUUAGGAAAACCCUAUUAGGUCUUGUCUUCAUUCAUUCAUUCAGCAGCACCCAAAACAAAAGCUAUGAAGCUCAUCGACAUCAAUGGAACCACUAUUUCUCUUUCACUCUACACUGAUGUCACCAAUUCAAAGGAACUAUUGGAAAGUAUGCAAGCUGGGACAUUGGAGCCAGAAGUUGCAUUCCUCAAUGCUUCACUUAUUCCAGAUAUUUUCCCUGUUCUAGCAGCUGCUCACAAGACACUUGUAACCAAGUCACGGGACUCUUUGACCACACGCACUCUUCAUUCCGAGCUCGUUUACAACUACUCAGGGUCCAAACAUAUUACUGAAUCUUUAAAAAGAUGUGGCAUCUCUGAAAGCACAACCUAUAUCCUUGCUGCUCGAUUUGAUGCUACUCCUGAUGAGAUAAAAGCCAUAGAGAAACUCGUCAUUGGAAAAGAGAUUGACCUGGAGGAGCUGAAAGGGAGAGCAAACCUGCCCCAGAUACAAAAGCAUUACAAGAUAUCUGCCUUGGAACUUGGAAUAUCAUCACUUGAAGAUGCAAUAACUUGCCGAAUAGCUGCUCGUGAUGCUUUGUAGAAGAAUGAUUCUGAUCUGCUUGUAUGUUUAGCUCCUAGCCUUAUUGUGUAAGGAUGAUUUAGAUUGAGUUGAUCUGUCAUUAAACAUUAAUUAUGAUGAGAUAUUAUGGCAUCAUUUUGAUAUAUGAAGUUGACUUCCAUCUUGUCGCAAA